AUGCCUCCUACCGAAAAGAACUCCGGGCUCCCUGCCCCCGCCAAAUCCACCCCUACUUUUUCCCAAGAUGAUGUGACCGUCGUCUUUGUGCUCGGCGGACCGGGUGCCGGCAAGGGCACCCAAUGCGCCAACCUCGUCAAUGACUAUGGUUUCACCCACUUGUCCGCCGGCGACCUGCUACGCGCCGAACAAGAGCGACCUGGCUCUCAGUUUGGUGAGAUGAUCAAGGACUACAUCAAGAACGGCCUUAUCGUGCCCAUGGAGGUCACGGUACAGCUGCUCGAGAACGCCAUGGUGGCCGAUCUCGACAAGAGCGGCAAGGGCGAGAUCACCGGGAAGAAGGGCAGAUUCCUCAUCGACGGCUUCCCCCGCAAGCUCGACCAGGCCCACAAGUUCGAGGAUUCCGUAUGCCCCGCCAAGCUCGUGCUGUUCUACGAAUGUUCCGAGAAGGAGAUGGAGAAGCGUCUGCUGAACCGCGGCAAGACCAGCGGCCGUUCUGACGACAACGAGGAGAGCAUCCGCAAGCGAUUCCGCACUUUCGUCGAGACCAGCAUGCCCGUCGUCGACUACUACGAGACUCAGAACAAGGUUGUCAAGAUCAACGCCGAACGCGACCCCGAGGACGUCCACAAGGACACCCAGAGGCAAAUCGCUGGCCGCCUGGGCAAGGGCUUCUAG